UGCUGGGUCGACCUUGAUCUUGACAGACAGGAUGCUCAGCUCUAUAAGACGGCCCUGCAGAGAGGAGCAGCACACAUCACAGCAACAUCAUCAUACUGUCAACAGGCAAUAAUGGAUUCUCUCUUCAGAGGCACCCUGUGGACCAUACUCAUCCUCUUCACACUGCCACACCUCACCUGCAACAUGCUGUGCCCCGGCAGCUGUCUGUGUAACUUUAAAGGUGCCGUCAAGUGUGUUGGCGACGCCAUCACAGAUAUACCACAUAAUCUGCCCGUCCACACGUACCUGCUGCAACUUAAUGGCACUCAAAUGAACAUCAUCAAUGAGCGGAGCUUGGCUGACCAGGACCUGCUGUCGCGUUUCAGUCUGACAUACAGCCACUUACAUGCUAUCCAUCCCAAUGCCUUCCACGUUGCUCCACAGCUCAAGUCUGUCAAGCUGUCGUCCAACGAUCUCUCUACCAUCUCUGCUCGGGUCUUCAGUCCGUUGGCGACACUGGAGCAACUGUAUUUAGAUGGGAACCAGUUGGAGACCAUAGCUCCGGAUAUGUUUGAAGGACUAGUUAGUUUGCUGAAUCUGGACCUGAGCCGGAACAAACUGACCAGUCCUGCUUCAGAUAUUUUCGAUGGACUGACCAAACUCACCUUCCUGAACCUUGGCAGGAAUUCCAUAAAUAAGCUUCCACCAACCAUCUUCCACUCCUUGACUAAUCUUCUCCAGCUCAUGAUCUAUAACAACGAGUUGGAGGAGCUAGAAGCUGGGAUUUUUGAUAAACUUGUUAACCUUGUGGAGCUAAAGAUCCACCACAACCAAAUUACCAUCCUUCCCCCUCAGGUAUUUUGGUCACUGAAGAACCUUAAGACCCUCACCCUCUCCUCCAACCGACUUCAGGCUAUCCCAGAAAAGACCUUCUACAACAUGCCAAAGCUGACCAAGCUCACCAUUUACAACAACCCGCUAUUAUCUUUACCAGACCAGCUAAUGGGUCACAUGCCUGAUAUGACAGACUUGUAUCUGUAUGCUACUAAUCUCACCACUGUUCCUGGAAAUGUGUUCGCAAACAUGUCAGGACUUUUGAGGCUUAACUUCCAUUUAAACGACAAGCUGAGGGAGUUGCCUUCGGACCUCUUCUGCUGCCUUCCCAAGCUCGAGAAGCUGUCAUUGAAAUCCAACGACCUCCUUUAUCUACAUCCCCAGCUGUUCUCCGGACUAACCACACUUGGCAUACUGCUUCUCAAUGACAAUAAGUUGAAGAGUCUACCAGAUAACAUCUUUCAGGGCCUUGGAGGGGUUUUGACAGUUGAUUUGAAGAAUAACCAUCUCGAGACUCUUUCAGGAGAUACUUUCUUGUCAAAUUCAGUUUUGAAGGCUCUUCAUCUGGGUGGCAACCCCUGGGACUGUACUUGUAGUAUUAGAGGUAUUGCAAAAUGGAUAAGAAAACAUGAGCAUGUUGUUCUUGACGGACAGGAUGUGAUAUGUCAUAGUCCUGUGUUACAACUGCUCCGUACCAUUGACUCUCUGCAGGAUGAGGAAUUCAACUUUUUGCGAUGCUAAGAUACUCAAGUCAAGUUAUUUGUUCACCACACAAACACCAGUUGUUGCUUGCACCACAAUCCCACCACAAUGCCCACCAAAAUGCCCACCACACUGCCCACGACAACAUCGGCGACCACUGAAGGCGCUACCCAACAAGUCACCAUCCUUACAACCACUCCAACUACAAAACCACCACCCUCCACCAUCUUAUCCACAAUGCUCCAAACUCCCACCACCAACGAGCCUAACGAGGAGUUUCUUCCCAACACUGAGAAGCCCUCGUCUCAUUACAAGUCGGCUAAUUUCUAUGACACACUGGUGAUUGAAGAGGGACCGGAGUUUGUUCACCACAAUCUUCACAAGGGCUGGAUGUACGUGUGAUUUCUGCCUUCGAAUGCGGCCUUGACCGGGCUACUCAUGUUCUGCUAUAUCCUUCUUGUGGCUGCAAGCUUGUUCCUCAUUUUUGCUGCCGUGUUUUGCAUGUAUUGCCUCAACAACAGCAUGGAUAAGCUCAAGGCUGAGUGUGCACAUCCUCCAGAGUAACAACACAACCAAGAUAAGAUGUCCUUUUUCAGAGGACGCAGUCUAUGAAAAACACUCUUGGGGAUAUGUUUUGUUGAUACUGUGUUAAGUUGAAAAGCUCAUGUGUAACCUUAAUAUAGUCUGAAUCAAAAUAAUGUGACAAAUUAUAAGAUGAAGGGAUUUUUACAUAUCGAAGAAUUAGACGAUGAUACAGUUUUUUUAUAUAUACAAUUCAGUAUGUAAGCUAAUAUAAGGGAUGUUAACUUAUAAAUGUUACCACUCGUUUUUUUAAUAAUUGUAUACAAUUAUUUAGACCUGUAAAGAUUGGUCAAGCAAUUAAUCAGUCAAUACAAAAAAAAAGCAAUUUAUAAUAUACAAACAGUUAUUUAAACAAUUAAAGAGUAUGUUUUAGUUAUUUCUCUAUGAGCUUGUCCAAACGUGUUUGGUGUUUCUUUUUGGUGUCUUAAAUGACAGUAAAUCAAAUACAGUAUAUGGCUUUUGUAAUGUUGAUCUAACAAAUCAAGCUAUUAAUAAACAGAACUUUUGAAGGUUGCCACAAGCAUUUUAUUUACCAUAUUUCUUGUUUUAUAGACCAACGAAAAACAGUCAACUAAUCAGGAAAAUAUGGAGCAAAUGAAUCAUUAGAAAUACAAUGAGUGGAACUAAAUGAAAGUCAAGCCUAUUCAUGUGUAUUCAUUUUUCAUGCUAAAGUCUGUAAUAAAUACUAACAUUAAAAAAUAUGUGUUAAGUCUUACAUUUUUUUAUUUAAAUCAGGAAAAGUUGUCAACAAGUGAUUUGUUUCCCUCUAGGGGUGAAAGCAUCAAACUGCAUGGAGAGAUAUCACAACAUUGUUAAUAUAACUUUUAAGUAAUCAAUUUGAUUAAAUAGUCAUUUUUU